AUGGCGGCGCCUCCAGCUCUCGGAGCCUUGGGCCUUACCUUUACCGUGAUGCGCGCCAUGCAGUUCAUCGGCCUUGUUGUCAUCAUCGGUCUCAGUUCGAGCUUCGUGGCUGACAUCGUGGCGUCGUCUUACACGGCGCCUCCGGCCCUCAUCGGCACCCUCGUCAUUGCUUGUCUCGCUGAAGUCUACGUCAUCAUCAGCUACAUUCUCUACUGGGACUCGCUACUCCCGCUGCUCAUCGCGACGGCCGCCGAUUUUCUCUGCCUCAUCGCCGGCAUUGUCGUCGCGUGCGUCGUGGGCAAGCCCGUCAGCUACCUCAACUGCAACGCGUUCCCUGCCAAGGGAGGCAACACUGCCGUCUUUCUCAACUCCCUGUUCGCCAACGUCAAGCGGCUGGAGAGCAACACGUUUGAGUGGGUUGGCCCCAGCAAGCCGUCGUGCCUGCAGCUCAAGUCCAUCUGGGGCAUCAGCAUCGCGCUGUGCGCGCUCUUCACGCUGUCGACGGCGACGACGGCGUGCUUGUGGCGCCGUCUCAAAGGCGGCGCCCGCCCCCCGCCCAAGGAUCUCGAGUGA